GUCAAUUUAUUAUUUAUUGUUCUACAUGGAAAAGAUAAAUAGAGAAUAGAGCUGUACAACAAUAUCAAUAUAGCAAUUGAUAAUCCAAGCUGAAUUUAUUUUGGAUGACUACAGCUAGUAACCACAAGUUAUAGAAUAGUGAAGUGAAUCACAUCAAGACAUAAUUUUUUUCCUUGAUAAUAUUAACCUUUCAAGAUGAUGAACAUACUUCUUCAACAACAGCAGCAACAACAACAGCAGCAGCAGCAACAACAACAACAACAAAACCCGCAACAGCCACUCAUGCAACAACAAGUACAGCAACCACAGCAGCAACAACCCUUAGAUAAUAUUUCUAAAAUUAAGUCAUUGAUAGGACCCUUAAGAGAGUCUCUUUCGAAUACCAUUAAAACUUCUGCACAAACUCUUAUACAAAACAGUCAAGUGGAUGUUGGUUCACAGAAAGGUGUGGAUGUACAAAUUCCUCGGUUUGACAAAAAUUUGGAAGAAUUCUACUCAAUAUGUGAUCAAAUAGAAUUACAUUUGAAAACUUCACUGAAGUGCUUAUCUCAACAAGAAAGUAGCAACAGAUAUUUAAAUCUUCCUGUAGCUCCUACCAAAAGCGAGAGCUUGGGUCUUAAUGACAACACCUUAACAUAUCCACAGUUUUUGGCUACUGCUACAGCACAAGUCUCCUACACAAAAGAAAUUCAUGAUACAUUAGUGGCUGCUGCACAGAAUAUAUCUCCCUCUGAUUGACUAUUUCAGCUCUAGGAUAUUUAAAAUGGAAUGAAUAUUUAUUAUAUGUGUUUUAU